AUGGCUACUACUCGUUCAUGCUCUCCAGUCUCAGUCCCUACCAAUCACCAUUAUCAUCAGAAAGACUCUCCUUUUGUUCCAGAGGUUGCGGAAGCAGUGGACUCCUUGUAUUCAGAGUUCAGAGCCAUGGAUAAUUUGGUGGCACACAAUACAACCCGUGUUCUCAAAGCUUUCCAGAAUGCUCGAGUUGGAUCUCAUCACUUCGCCGGAUGCACUGGCUAUGGUCAUGAUGAAGCCGGGGGACGUGAAGCGCUUGACCAAGCUUUUGCAGAAAUUGUUGGGGCUGAAUCUUCUAUAGUUCGCUCACAGUUUUUUUCAGGAACUCAUGCUAUAACCUGUGCUUUAUUUGCUUUUCUAAGGCCGGGGGAUGAGCUUUUGGCAGUUGCUGGUCCUCCCUAUGACACACUAGAGGAAGUUAUUGGAAAGAGAGACUCUCAUGGGAUGGGAUCCUUGAUAGAUUUUGGUGUGAAAUACCGUGAAGUUCCACUUGCUGAAAAUGGUGGCCUUGACUGGGAUGCGCUUAUGCAUGCUUUGAGACCUGAAACAAAAUGUGCACUCAUACAGAGGUCAUGUGGUUAUUCAUGGCGUCAGAGUUUAAGUGUAGAUGAGAUAAGGCGAGCAAUUAAGAUCAUUAAGACGCAGAAUCCUAAUUGCUUGGUCAUGGUUGAUAAUUGUUAUGGUGAAUUUGUGGAAAGCAUUGAACCUCCAAUGGUGGGUGCAGAUUUGAUUGCUGGCAGUUUGAUAAAAAAUCCUGGUGGAACUAUAGCACCAUGCGGUGGAUAUGUUGCAGGGAAAGAAAAAUGGGUAAAAGCAGCAGCAGCUCGUUUAUCUGCACCUGGCCUUGGAGUUGAUUGCGGCUCAACUCCUGGUGACAUUAUGCGAGCAUUUUUCCAGGGUUUGUUCCUCUCACCUCAAAUGGUAGGCGAAGCUAUCAAGGGUACACUCCUAGUUGCUGAAGUUAUGGCAUCCAAAGGGUAUAAGGUGCAGCCACUUCCUCGUGUUCCUCGUCAUGACACAGUACAGGCCAUACAGCUUGGAAGCCGGGAGCGUCUUCUUGCUUUCUGUGAGGCUGUACAGAGAAGCUCCCCAGUAGGUUCAUUUACUAGACCAAUUGCUGGUACAACUCCUGGAUAUGCAUCAGAGGUGAUCUUUGCUGAUGGAACCUUCAUUGAUGGGAGUACGAGUGAGCUUUCAUGUGAUGGACCAUUAAGAGAGCCAUUUGCUGUAUUUUGCCAGGGCGGCUCCCAUUGGACUCAGUGGGGACUAGUUCUUGGAGAGGAUGCCAUUAAUGUCUAUUUAUCGUGCAAGAAUUACGUGUUAUGGCAGCUUCAAGAUAUACCCUUUCCCCGAUUGCUGUAG